AUGCCAGCAACAUUAAAUACAUUAUCAGAACAAGAAAGAGGACAGAUAUCAUUUGUUCAUGGUAACAGUUGUGAUGUCCUUGCAACAUCGGUUGCCAGACUCUACGAAGGUAAACAAGGGUGUUGGGUAUACACCAAUGUCAUCGGUGCAUGUUCAGUCGUAGUCAAUAGAGUUGAACGUACUAUCUAUAUUAGAAUAGUUGAUCUUUGUAACAAGAGAACUGUAUUUGAACAAGAGAUUUAUAAAGAUUUCGAUUAUCAAAAAUCAAGAGAUUUCUUUCAUACUUUUGAAGGCGAUAAUACCGUCUAUGGACUAUCGUUUGUCAAUGUAGAUGAAGCUUGUCAAUUUCAAGGUCAACUACAACAACAACUGUCAAAGAAACACUCCCAAGUACCAUCGUCAUCGUCGUCAUUUGCAAGCUCGAGCAAUUUAGCAAAUGUGCAACAACAAUCUAAUAAUGUCAAUGUUACUCCAUCCUCUUCAUCAAACAACUACAACCAACAACAACAACAACAUGCUGGAGGAAAGGAACAAUAUACAUUUGUAGCAAAGGAGAAACCAAAGAAAUCAAGAAGUGGAUUCUUUAGCAAGAUAUUGCACGGUGGCAACGAAGAAAAGGAAAAGCCAAUGGAGAUAUCUGCACCCACUGGAUUCAAACAUGAGUCACAUAUUGGAUGGGAUGCAGACAAUGGAUUCGAUAUUCGUAAUAUUCCAGAGGACUGGCGUAAACUAUUCUCGAGUGUUGGUAUUAAAAAGAGAGAGUUAAAGAACCCUGAAACUGCUCAGUUUAUCCUGUCGGUCAUCGGAGAGAGUGUAGCACAACAGAAUGCUCAAAAGUCUACGUCUGCUUCAUCUGCACCACCUCCACCUCCACCUACAAUGGGUGUAUCCAAGCCACCUGGUAUUCCACCAAUGUCCAGUAUCCCAUUAACUCCUAUUAGAUCAUCGGUUGCUCCACCUCCACCUCCACCAACAUCCUCAGUGACACCACCUCGUUACCAACAACAACCACCACCUUCUUCCUCUCAACAGACCUAUGUCUACCAAUCGAAUCAACAACCAGUUACUUAUUCUUAUGAUGUUGAUAGUAGUGUACCAACUCAACCAUUCCAACAAAUGAGUAUGCAGAACACUCAAAAUACUUCUACACCAAAGAUGAAACCACCAGUUCCCAUCUCACCACUCCCACCAACACCAACUCAAAAGAUGCAACAAGUUCCACCAACUACUACUGGACAUCCACAUCCACCAGUUCCACCAAGACAUUUUGCUACACCACCAAAGAAUACAACAUCACCACCAGUUGCAAUGACUCCCCCACUUCGUGGAUCGCCACCUCCACCACCAUCUGUAACAGCUCGUGGAAUGUCUCCAGCUACUGUUGUUGCAGUGUCUGAUACACUCCCACUUCCACCUCCACCACCACCUCCAAUGGUAGCUGCCAAGAGUAUUCCCACCACCUCGACUACUCCACCUCCACCACCUCCAAUGGUUGCACCCGCUCAAUCGGCCGCACAAAGCAGUAUGCCACCAAUGGCAACUAGCAGUACUGGAGGAGGUCGUGAUGAUUUACUCGCUGCCAUUCGUAGUGGUACCGCUCUUAAAAAGGUCGAUUCCUCUCAACCACUUCCAGAUCUCUCCAACCUCGGUGAAAAAGGAAAUCGAUCCUUACACGACACUCUCUUUGCCGCCAUGGAAAUUCGUAGAAAGAAUAUGGGUGAACAAGAACAAGAACAACCAGAUGAAGAUUCUGAUGAUAGUGAUUGGGAAAUCGAUCUAUUAAAUUAA